GGGGGGCGGAGCCGGCUGCCGGAGACGUUCUAGUCAGUUCUGCCUCGCGGCAACCGCCCCCUUCUGCACGUCGUGCGGAGCCAUCGCCCGUGCCUGGGAUCGGCCCGCAGCCUCGUCAGCAGCCGCCCGUGGUCUGCCGACCAUGGAUCCCCGCAAAGUAAACGAGCUUCGGGCCUUCGUGAAAAUGUGUAAGCAAGAUCCGAGCGUCUUGCACACCGAAGAAAUGCGCUUCCUGAGGGAGUGGGUGGAGAGCAUGGGGGGUAAAGUUCCACCUGCUACUCAGAAAGCUAAAUCAGAAGAAAAUAUCAAGGAAGAAAAUGCAGAUAGUAAGAAGAUGGGGGAAAACAUAAAGACAGAUGAGCCAUCAAGUGAAGAAAGUGAUUUAGAGAUCGACAAUGAAGGUGUAAUUGAGCCAGAUACUGAUACCCCUCAAGAAAUGGGAGAUGAAAAUGUAGAGAUAACUGAGGAGAUGAUGGAUCAAGCAAAUGAAAAGAAAGGAGCUGCCAUUGAUGCUCUAAAUGAUGUAUUUAAUGAUGAAGUGAGGCCACCACCUAAUAAACUUCUGGGCCAUUGGGAAGAAGCAGCCCAUGAUCUUGCUCUUGCUUGUAAACUGGAUUAUGAUGAGGAUGCAAGUGCAAUGCUUAAAGAAGUUCAGCCAAGGGCGCAGAAAAUUGCUGAACAUCGGAGAAAGUAUGAGCGAAAACGUGAAGAACGAGAGAUCAAAGAAAGAAUAGAAAGGGUUAAGAAGGCUCGAGAAGAGCAUGAAAAAGCCCAGAGGGAAGAAGAAGCCAGAAGACAAUCAGGAGCUCAGUAUGGCUCUUUUCCAGGUGGCUUUCCUGGAGCGAUGCCUGGUAAUUUUCCAGGAGGAAUGCCUGGGAUGGGAGCGGGCAUGGCAGGAAUGCCUGGACUCAAUGAGAUUCUUAGUGAUCCAGAGGUCCUUGCAGCCAUGCAGGACCCAGAAGUUAUGGUGGCCUUCCAGGAUGUGGCUCAGAAUCCUGCAAAUAUGUCAAAAUAUCAGAGUAAUCCAAAGGUUAUGAAUCUCAUCAGUAAAUUGUCAGCCAAAUUUGGAGGUCAAGCAUAAUGCUUAUCUGACAAAGCCCUUCCUAAAAGAAAAGCAACCUGGAUCACUUAAUGGAUGUUGCAAUAAUACGAGCCAGUGUACCU